AUGGCCGACAAGUUGCGACGCGCUGUACGUGUGAAAAAUAUGAAAUCUAGAACUGCCCUACGCCUACUUCCCUCCUCCACCGACACACAGGUCUCUGCGUGUGUGCAUGUUGCAACAGGUUCCAUCACUGGGAACCGUGCUGGGCGGUGGAGAGGCGGGCGAGCCACACUCUCUCGCCAGACGCUGUUGCAAACAGACUACGGUAUAGUUCCUGUGUUCGGUGAUUUCCGCUUAUUCUGCAUAAACAUUGAGGACUGCUUCGUGAUUCGUAAAGAGUUGUGGAUUCUCAGCAUUGAGCGCAAGCAGACUCAAUACCUAUUGGCUAAGACGAUGGAGAGGUCCAGUGAAGUGUCUGACACGGACACAAACGGCUGGUCAUGGAGUCCAUCAGCGACCAAGCUGUCGUGCGCUUUCCCUCGAGGCUGGUCCUGGAGUCCAGUCGCAGGACGCGAGUCGGGCGAGCAGCCCAACUGUUGGUCAUGGAGUCCAUAUCUCAGGCUCACACGUCAGAAAUUACGUACGAAGUGGUCGUGGAGUCCUCAUACCAUAGACAUGCCAACACAAGUGGCAGCUUUCAAAGUUCUAAGAAGGUCAUUGCCAGCAAACAGAAUGAAAUGCUUUAAACUGCCGAAGCACUGUGGGGAGGAAAGGCCACCUCAUGGAAACAUGUCCGUAAGGCGAAAUGGUUCACGGGGGCUGUGCGUGCAUGUGCCAUGCGAUGGUGAUGAUGUGCAUGAUUUUGCAUCAGUGACAGGUUUGCACCCAACUCGAGAAGGAGAAAUUUGCCAUAAUCCAUCCUUGUUAUUCACGGAACUAAACCUCCAAACAUGUGAGGAUGGCCUCAGCAAAGACACUGAUGAGCUAUCUGUCUCUUCAGAUUACGGUGUUCUGCAAACGUCUACAGAUAGUUUACAGAAGUUCGAAAAUAAAGUUAAGAUGGAAAUGGCAAAUGAAGAGAUUUCUUGUACUUCAGAUCCGUCACCUAAUGCAGAAGAUGGAAAUGAAUCGUUCGUUGGCGAUGGAACGCCACCAGACGGAACUGACUUGAGUUCCCCGUUGCCACCAGUCCUGGCUGCCACGACUCCCCUUGCUGGAGGUUCCGAGAUAGUCCAGGGAAAGCUUGUAGGUGAUGACGCUUCUGCUCCAUCGACUACAGAUGUUACUGAUGGCAGGACCAAUAACCAAAACAACAUGUUAGGUCAAAUAAUCAACCCAAAGGAUUCUGACAGUGAUGUAAAGCAAUCUCUGUGUAGUAUCACUGAAAUAAAUGUUAACUGCAAUUAUUCUUCACGUCUGAUUAACAGUGAAAGCAGUAUGAAUGCUGAGGCUCACUGCCAUGAAAGUAGCAGUAAUCGUUGCAAUAAAAUUGGUAAAGCAAACUUUUGUGUGAACAAGGACAAAAUAAGUAUUAAUGCUGACAUUCCAACUGCUAUUAGUGUAAUUUGUGAAGUGAGUAGAAAGUGUCGAGUCAACGCCAAUACUGAUAGUGAAAAUAAUUUAACUGAGGCAAUUAGUACUGAGAGUGCUGAAGGAUCAGUGUUAUUUGUGAAUACAGUUAACAAUACGGAAGAGUUUGGUGAUUCACUAGAUACAGAAAAUACAAAAGAAACAGAAUAUGGGGAAUCGGCAAUAGAUAAUGAAAGUGAUAAGGCAAGAAAAACUAUUGAUAAAACAGUAAGUGAUGAAGAUACAGAUUUGUCUGCACUAAAUGCUACUGAUAAUACUGCAGGGGAAACGCUUGUUGAAAUGUUAGAAGAAAAUGAGACGGUAGUUGGAGAGCACAAGGCGUUGGGCCAUCCAUUGUCACUCACUGGUGAUGGUGAAAUGCAAGUUGAUAAAUUAAUAACCAAUGUGUCGGAACAAGUUGAUGUAUCAUAUGAUGUAUCACCGCCAGAUGAUUUUGAAGAGCCAGGAAAUGAACAUUUGCAAAUGGUAAAUGAUGAAGUAAGCAAGAAGCUGAUUAAUACAGCAACAGAUGAAGCUACAGUACAUGACAUUUUGCCAACAGAAAACAGUGUUAAACAGGCUGCAAUCGAUCGUUCGUCAGAAAUUGCUGAAGAUGAUGCAAGAAGUAGAAGCUUGAUCACGUCAUCAAUGAUGGAUAUUCCUGUUAAUGGAGGAAGCGAGGACGAUCCAGAUGACUUAUCAAAAGAUGAGUGUGGACUGGAUGUGUCAGUACCGAGUACUGUAGAACACUGUUUCGCUGAUCAGAGAGAGAAGUUUCCUCUUUCACCAAAUGAAAAUUCAACGAAUAAAACAAAUGAAGAUAGUGACAUAUUAACACAUGGUACUAUUGAUACAAUAGCUACUCAAAGGACAAUAAACGUGCAUUCUGAUGUUGCAUCCGAAACUGCUAUGCUUUGCAGUUUACUGGUGGAUAAAACGCAUGAUAUCGAACCUACCUGUCAAGCACCAGUCGAUUCACUACGGAUGAGCUAUGAAAUUGAAAACAGAGAAAUUAAUCACAAAAUUUCCACAAGACUGCGGGAUGUACCUUUGAAAGACACAGGUAAAAGCAUGGAAAUAAAGAAUGUUGACAAUGCUUUGUUUUCCAUAAUUAGUGAGAUGGUUGAAAGCAAUCCAGGCCUCCCAGAGGAUUAUGCACAUCCUGCAAAUCAAAUUAAAGGCAAAAAUAAAUUUGUGUCGGUUGUAUGUAAUAACAAACAUGCAAAUGAAGGAACUUUUGAUAAUUGCCUUCCAAAACCAGCAUCUGCAUUUGGAGAACAUGGGUUCAGUGACUUUGCUAAUAACACCAAAGUAUCGGACAUGUCGCAAGAACCUAAUGCUGUGACUUUUCAGAGCUUGAGUGAUGUGUUUGCAAUGAAGGGAAAAUGUUCAUCUGGCAGUAAUUUUCCAAUCUUAGCAAGUCAACUGUCUUCAGCUGCAAAUGGUAGAGAAAGUCAUAAUCCUACAUUACAUGAUGAACAUAGUACCCCAUCAGAGAACAGCUUUGAUAUUUCUGAAUCCAGUAAAAGGUUUCUAGACUUGGAAGAGCAAACUUGGAAUCCAAAGUCUGUAUUAAACAUUCGUUAUAUAUCAUCAAAAGACGAGCCUUUAAUGCCAAACACGAUAUGCAUUACAUCUCCAACAGAAGUAGAAUCCAGCAGUGCAUUAAUAAGGGAAGUUAGAUCAAAGAGUGGAUCACCAACAGACGUUAGAUCAAGGAGUGCAUUGCGAACAGAAAUUAGAUCCAGGAGUGCAUCUCCAACAGAAGUUGGAUCCAGGAGUGCAUCACCAACAGAAGUUUGGAGCCAGGAUUGCAUCACUAAGAGAAGUUAGAUCCAGGAG